AUGUCCUGCCAGCAGAACCAGAAGCAGUGCCAGCCUCCUCCCAAGUGCCCCUCCCCCAAGUGCCCCUCCCCCAAGUGCCCUCCCAAGAGCACAGCCCAGUGUCUGCCUGCAGCCUCCUCCUGCUGUGCUGCAAGCUCUGGGGGCUGCAGUGUCCCCAGCCCUGAGGGAGGCUGCUGCCUGAGCCACCACAGGCGCAGGUCCCACAGGUGCAGGCGCAGGAGCUCCAGUUCGUGUGAGCGUGGCAGUGGUCAGCAAUCCGGGGGCUGUAGCCACAGUUCUGGGGGCUGCUGA